CUAGUGCUGCUGUCUCGGGACAAUGACAAAUCGGCCCAGGCAAGAUUGACUUCUCGCUUCAGCGUUGGUGAGAACACACUCGACCAUUUGGUACCAGCGAACUUGGAUAUCGGCCGACUUGACCAAAACACAUCUGUUUGUUUUGUGGGCUCAGACGUGAUAGUGGAACAGAACAAGCAGAAGUCACUAAACCAGGAGGAGGAUAAUGUCAGACGGCCAAAUGGUCAUCAAGAUACUUACCUCUAUCUCCAGGGUGCUGGAGAACUGGUUCUAGAUUCGGCGUGUCCUGCUGAGUCAGAUGAUGCUCAGCCAUUAUUCAGCCAGAUCAGCCCGGUUUCUGGCUCUCUGGGCUCUAGCUCUUCUAGUUUUGGGCUAGAAAGUCAGUUAGAACUCUAUACGCAUCGUCAAGGCAUGCGUCAGCUGACUUCAGUCCAUGACUCUCAGCGUCAAGGGGCCUUGAUGACGCCUUCGAAAUCCUUCUGUAUUCCCAAACGUCUGGAACUUCGAGAUCCCUCUGCCCGAACGAUAGGCUUGAGUCAUUCCAAUUUGACAGCAAACAAUGCCUGCUCUAAGCUUACGAAUCAGGCAACUUCUGGUUCUAUAAAGCCUUCUCCAGAAGCUUUGAUUCCUGCUAAAGUGCCUGCCGAUGAGUGCUGCAAUAUAAGGACGCCGCCCCAUGACAUGUCUUUUGGCCAAUCUUCUGUACACAAAAUGCCAACCGAGCUUAUCACUGCAGCUAGCUCUUUAAAAAGAGAUAGAAAACGUUCUAGACACAGAAAUGCAGCAGAAUCGGAUGCAUCUAAGCCCAGCAUACGUCUACUCUUCAUGGCACCGGGUCUUAGGAACCAGUUCCCGGUGAGGAUGUCGCGUCAAACGCGAUUUAAGACGGCAAUGCGUGCCAUUUUGGCUCGACUACAAGACGGUCCCAUAAGGAGACGUAAUUUUGAGCAGCUACACUGUUCAGCUGGUGUCUUUACGUACAAAAUGCGCAAUGGAGCCUGCGAAGGUAGAAUGGCGCCUUGGCAGACGCCGGAUCAGCUGAAUCUGCAAGAUGGCGACAUAAUUUGUCUGGAAUCAAGAGAAAUUCCCAUAUAA